CCCAAAGCGUUUGCACGGACAAGACGCUCGGGACGUUGCCGAGCCUGAAGCAGUUGUGAACACCCAGUUCACAUGGCAAGGGGGCAGGGCAGGAAGCAAAGACGAGAUAAGAGCUGUGGAAACACCAUCACCUUGGACCUGCCUCUCCCUACGAUGGGACAGGGCCAGCAGUGGCAUCCGCCCGCUGCUGCCCGGGUGCCGACCCCCACACUUUUGGGCUGGUGCUGCCUGCCCUCCUCAGCCGCGGCGGGUCCGGAGCCCCCGGGAUCGCAGUUCCCACCGCUCCCAUGUCACCAGGAGCUUCGCUACUGCCCCGAGGAGGGGCGAGAAGGAAGGCGAGGAGCGAACCACAGGAGCGAUGAACAGCUCGAAGCCUUGCAGGGCGAAUCAAAGAUGUCCGAGGCCACAGGAGAAAGCCGUAACACAAGCUGCCCGUCGCAGCGCUCCCGUCACCAGCGCGAGAGCGGCUACUUUAUUACAUUUCAGCCUCCGUAUCUUGCCCAAGAAGGCACUUUUGCCUCCUUGCUGAGCCGCGUCCCUGCUACGCGUCCCUGCACCCUGACAAGGGUGACCGAGGAGAAGAGGCAAAGCAGAGGUGGGACCUCAGACGUGCUGCUGCCUACAGGCCUCUCGCUGGAAGGAAACGACAGCAGUUACAGUAACAACGGGAAAAUACUUCUGCAUUAGUAUACAGCUCAGACCUGGUGCAGGCCCAGGGACAGGGAGGACGUCCUCUUCGUACUGCCUCUUUCUACCAGGGCUCCAGGCAAGGGCUGGAGCGGAGCAACCUUGGCCCCUGGUUGGUGACUGCCGCAGUGGUCUGAGGGGCGGACAACGCUCCGAGGGCCCCGCUCCACCAAGCAGCGCUGCCAGGGUCACCCCACAGCACACCUGACCACAGCUGUGGGGCAGGGGCAGCCUCUGUCCUGCACACAGCGCUCAGGACACCUUCAGCCACAGAUCUCACCAGGCUCUGGCUUAUCUUAUCAGAUGUGCUUCUGAGCGCCCCGUCUACAAGCACACCGUAGCAGCAGCUGCACCUUGACCCCACGGUUACACAGGAUCCGGGUGUAACUCAGUCUUUUCCUCCACUUUUACACCUUGGUUUAUUCAGGAAAGAGUCAGGCGUGCCUGUGGCUCGCAAGGGAGAACUAGGGAGCUCAGGGCAAGCGUUGAGCUCGAUGCCGGGGGUGCAGGACGCCCAGGAAGAGAUCAUGGCAGACAUCUACUGCCCCAUGUGGUCACAGCCAGACAAUCAAAGAGGGGCACCAGUACAGAAGUGCACUGCUACAGGACCAGCGGGAAUAGACUUUAUUUAAUAAUUUGUACAAGGAACACAAUAGGAAUUCAAUGCUCCCAUUUAUUGUCAAAUUGUAAUCCACUGCAAUAAGAAACAAAAAUCAACACAAAAAUAAAUUGCAAUUUGUGUGUGUGUGUGUGUGUGUGUGUGUGUGUGUAACUAAAAAUGGCAAGAGCAAGAACAAAAAAUAAACUUUUAAAUGAGUAGGUUAUAUACAGUCAGUAUCAUCAUGUUACUUUGAUGGAUAUAUUAAAUUUGGUGUUAUCCAAUCUUAGCAACAGGCCUAAAUAUUGCUGCAGCUAUCUGAAGGGCAAACCCAAAGCAGAAAAACAAACCCAUAAGUAAGAAGCAGGAUUAAAGUUAUCUUCUGAAGAAAAGAAACAAUGGUGCUUUGUGUCAUAUUUGUAACCUUUCAUAGUGGAUAUUUUGUGCUAAAACUCUUCACGUGAACAUAUAUGGAAUUCCAUCAUUUAAAUAAAA